AAACCGAACGGAACGGAGACGGUUGGACUUUUCAUCAGCAGGCAGGGCGUUCGAACCUCAGGAGUGUGGGCGAACCGCACUCAUGUCGUAGGCGCACGCAAUAAGGAACAGCGGCCGAUAAGCAUCGUCGAGAACGCGCGUGUUUGUGCUCAGCUCGAUGAAAAACAGCUCAUUGAGCAAACAUUUUGGGGGGACACACACUUCGCGAGCGGAAUAACAACCGUCACCGUGGCCAAGCCAUACCGGCUGUCGGGGGUGAUGCCUGUAUAAUGAUCGCCUGUUAUUUACUGAAGACUAGAUGCAACAGUUUCACGUACGUCUGACGAGUUGCAUUGGACUAAUCCUUUCAUAGAGCAUCUCCAAGACCCCUUCAGACUACACCAGCCCACCGAGUCCGGUGGAGAAACUGAAAACGCUGGCGAGACAUUUCAGCCGGUUCUACACAGACGAGAUGAAGACGGACAAGAACUCACACGGGUUCCGCCUGGUGCUACUGGGAAACGACGGUGUGGGGAAGUCGGCCAUUGCGGUUCGAUUUCUUUGCGGCAGAUAUCUUCACGAGUACGACCCCACACUUGAGAGCCGAUACGAAAAAAUGGAGACAGUAGACGGGAAAACAGUGAAAAUAGAAGUAUUCGACACAGCGGGACAGACAAAUCUGGAGGACUAUCUUCAAGCUGCAGAUGCUAUCAUGUUCGUGUACUCCAUCACAGACAGGGACAGCUUCGACGCCGCCAAGCUCUUCCAAGAGAGAUUACAGUCCUCUCUCAAAUCUCACCUCCCUAUCCUCCUGGUCGGCAACAAACGCGAGUUGGAGCAAGGCAGGCGAGUGUCCACCAAGGAGGGCUUCUCCUUGGCCCGGGAAGCCGGCUGGCGCUUUCACGAACUCUCGGCGGCCACGGACAGCGUAGGCCUCAAGACGACCAUCCUGGACUUUGUGCGGGAGGCGCAGGGGGAGCUGAGGAGGUUGAAGGUCAAGAAGGGGUGGAACAUCCGGAGAGCCGUCAGCGUCCUGUACGGACACUCAAAGACAAGCAUCAAAGAGGAGGGGACGGUUAUCGACGAGGAGCCCGUGUUCACGACGCAGCACAGAACCAAGGUUUUCCAGAGGAGACAAACCUGCCCCAGUUUAUGAACAGACUCGCCGACAACCUGGUACUGUUUCAGAGCCUGCGCACAGACUGCAUGGGUCAUGCCACUCAACCCGACCCUCCCCAUACGUCGGUCUCCAUUGCUCCAAGGUACCACUGUUGCGCUUGAUCGGUUCUUAAGGGAUGACGUCAUCAGCUGUCGCUCUGAAAACAAUAUUGGUGCUAUAAACUAUUUGUAAAUAUUUUAAGUGACCGGUCUCAUUUGGUGACUGUAUUUGUUGUUCUUUUUUUUUUUUGGCAAUACAUGUAGUGAUUUCUGACUCAUGUGGUCUAUAAAAAGAGCGCAAUUUUAAUUUGUUUUUAAUUUUGGUAUGUAAAUAUUCAAUCAGUUAUAUUUGACAAAUUUGCUAUUAAAAGGCACGAAUAUAUUUCAUUCUGGCUCAAGAAGACGUGAAUCUAUCAAAGGUAUAGAUUCUUGAAAAAUUGACUUGCAAAUGGUAAAAUUGACGAGGUCUGUACUUGACCUUAGUGAGCAGUUUUCUGUAAAUACAAAAUAUAUUUGAAAUGGUCCUUUGAAAACGUAAACUUGACCCCGGAGAAAGAGAUCUUGAGGGCGCGAUAUGCGUGUUGGGGUCGAAUCUUGUGGAGUGGUAUCGUAUGAGAAGCUAAGAAUGGUAUAUUCGGAAUUAUCGUCACUGUGGUUUGAGUCGACUCUGAAUAUCGAUAUUGUUUGUGCCGUGUGUUUCUUGUGUCUCAUGUUACUCGAUAAAUUCUUAUCUCGUUUCAAAGUGUAGCAAAUAAUGAUGCGGACCCCGUUUUGUUGAUUCAUUGUUCGUCUGUUUUUCACAUCGUUAUGCCCCAAUUUUUAGCGUAUUCAAACAGUGGAAUUCGAAAGUGUGUUUUGUGUGUCAGUGCGUAUGUUUUUUUUAAUUAUUAUUCUGUACUGCUUUAAGUCGUUAAUGGAAGCUUUUGUUUUGUCGUAUAUUUAUUCAUGAGUGAUUUACCAUUUCAAAUGGCUGUUAUGUUACAAAUGAAUGUUACAAUCACUGUAAACUCGUGAAAUGCUCUGUGGGUGCUGGUGUUCAUCAACGGGACUCCUGUCCACUGGAUAUCAGCAAAAGUGUAUAUAUGUAUGCGGAACUGAUAAUCAGCUCUGACUUUUAAAUCAAACUAAACUGUGUUUAAUUUGCUGUUCUUUUAUUUCAUUUUUGUGAUUGUUGUUUAAUGUUGGCUAAGAAGUGCCCCCGUCCAUAAGGAACAGAGCACUGGUUAUUUUCAGUGAUUUCAUCGACCAAUUACAACUUUAAAGACGUACAUUUAAAGUCUAGUUUCCGUGCAAGGGGACCUUCACGAUUUCUAAACAACCACGCCGUCAAAAACCAGAAUACCUGUUAGAGGUUGUCCCCUUGAGCCGACAAAGCCUCCGUAGGUCAUGGAAAUAAUGGGACAUCAUUGACUCAUGUGCUCACGGUGGGAAAAGGAAUUCCUACAGAAACUGUCGAAAGAACAUACAACAGAGAUAUAGAAUGGGCAAUAGAGAUAUUUCACGAACCCAUAUCGUAGACCUUGAGGUGAUAAAAGCCUGUUUAAAAGGAAAUUCGAAACAUUUGAUUCGUCGUUAUAUUGUGUAGCGAGAUGUUGAGCAUUUUUGUUUACAUUAUAUAAUUACAUGUUAACGUUUUGAGGGUUAAAGUCCAUGUAGUAUGAAAGUUUUCAAGGUGAAACUUUUUCGUUUAUGGUCGCAGAAGGAAUUGCCUGUAUAACUUAAAUCGACGUGUCUUUUAUAUGUUCGUAUUUUACCCUGCUUAAUGCAGUGAGCAAAAUAUUAGCGUGAAUAUGGCAAGUUAAGAGCAGACUUUAUUCACAUCUUAUUCCGUCUGUAUUCCGCAGUGCUAUUUAACCUUUUCUUCGACUCUAUAAUUAAGUUCAGAGUCUACUUUUCUGUACUCAGAGAUUCGAUUGUAAUCUCCAGAGAUUAUACGAUUUUA